AUGUCGACGACCGUAACGAUACCAGCCCCCGUCAUUAGGCCUUUAGAAGCGUCCGAUCAAAAUGCGGCCCAUCAACAGAUGGCUCUAGGUCGACUCGAGGCUGAGCCCGCUCAAACCCAUCGCUCUGUCUACACUGGAUUCACCAACGUACAGAAGAACUCAAUCACCUUCUUCGUCGCCUGUUGCGGUCUUAUCGCCUCCAUGUCUACGACGAGCAUCCUUGCUGCCGUUCCGGAAAUCACCGACACGUUUGACACGACACCCACGGUUAUCAGUGUCAGCAAUGCCUUUGAGAGACGUGCACCGAUCCCGGAAGACUCACGGCAACAAGGCUAA